GCACUUUAGGGUAUUUCUUAUUAUAUUACUUCACAUUGAUAGACAAUUCACUAGAAAGAAAUGCAAAUGUUCCUUUCAGGGAAAGAUUCAAUCAGAAAACGGUGUUUACAAAAAUGAAACACGUUGCAUUAUGGGAGUAGAAUGAUUGACACGGCAGCCAUUUUCCUGCUGGACGCCGUGUUCCCACCAUUGUGUGAGAGAUAGUAAAUACUGAAACUGCCAGACAACCAUAACAUUUAUUUCCUUGCGAAAAAACAUUUAUAUUCACGUCAGUAUAACUAACUCGUCAUGGCUCGUACCAAGCAGACCGCCCGUAAAUCCACUGGAGGAAAGGCUCCGCGUAAGCAGCUGGCCACCAAGGCUGCCCGCAAGAGUGCGCCGUCCACCGGUGGGGUCAAGAAGCCCCAUCGUUACAGGCCCGGCACUGUGGCCCUGCGUGAGAUCCGUCGGUACCAGAAGUCCACUGAGCUGCUUAUCCGCAAGCUGCCGUUCCAGCGCCUGGUGAGGGAGAUUGCUCAGGACUUCAAGACCGACCUGCGCUUUCAGAGUGCCGCCAUUGGAGCACUUCAGGAGGCCAGCGAGGCAUACCUGGUGGGUCUGUUUGAGGACACCAACCUGUGCGCCAUCCAUGCCAAGCGUGUCACCAUCAUGCCCAAAGACAUCCAGCUGGCACGCCGCAUCCGCGGAGAGCGUGCUUAGAUGCCGUCCUUCUUUCUUUUCUCUCUUUAAUGUUUCAGCUCUAUUCUCUUUUUCUUUACCUCGAACUGUCCUCACCUUCACUCCCUCGUUCCCCCCGCCCUUCCAUCUCACUCCUCAGCCCCCUCUCCCUGUAUUCUUCUUGGUAGACUUUAGAGUAACGGUGAUUAUGAUGAGAUAGAAACGUGUUUGAAAAGUCUCGUCUCAUAGUUUUUGUCUUCAGCAGAUGCUUUAGGGUACCUUUUUUGUGCAUGUAGUAGGUGUCGCUGAUCAGACAAAUACACAUAUACACACACACUUAGAACCAUGCAUCCUCAGCUCUCCUACAACAAAACUCCACUCUGAUUGACCAGGGGAGAUAUCAGGCAAGUGUGUGUUUUGUGACAGGCGUUGGGUUUCUGCAACACUCUCACACACAGGUGUACAGACCAGAGGGGUGUCGCCCCGGGGCUAGUCUGCUUAAGGGGAGUGGCAACUUCCACAGCAGGGUGCUACUUAAACUAACCCCAGGGCCUCUGCCCUGUCUGACCACCUCCCAUUCUCACCCACUUCCUGCUCCAUCCUCUACACCUGAUCUGGGGUACUCUCCCCAUGCGCCCUCCUGCCCACCACAGCCAGACCCCAACCCCUUCCCCGCCUACUCCCCUGAUCCCUAUCCAGCCCUUCCGCACUCUCCUGCCCCUCUAAAUCGAUGGUUGGGAGGUGGUUGUCUGUGGAGCGCUGUUAGUCUGUUGGUGUGAGAGCUCUGAUCAGCCAAGCAAAUUGUAUUCAAAGGUAAACAAGUAUCUCUUCUUGGUUACUUAUUUUGUUUUAUUACUAUCAUUGUGGAUAUGGUGUCUUUAAAAAAUAUAUAUAAUUCAUACAUAUAUUUUCUUUUUACAACUGCCAGAGAUGUCAAAAUAGGAAUAAGAAAAAACUAAGUGAUUGACGUUUUAAGACAUGGGAAACUUGUUUUUACAGAAUUAUUUUUAAACCAAUCAGGAAGAGCUCUGUUUCAUAAGAGAGCUCCUGUUCCAAAGGCAGCCACACGGGGCCGAUAUAUACCAGCCCCCUUCCUAUUUUGUUUUUCUCACUAUCAAUUUGUCAUUAUCCAUGAUGCUACUCUCAAUCUCUUUACCCGAUCUCUGUCUCUUAAGAUAAGCAUUAGAGUUGUCACACCUGUAUAAAUUGACUUUGUAGUAGCAAGAGUUACUCUGCACGUUUGUCUUCUUUUCUGUUGCUCUCACUUCUCUAGCUCUGACCAUAGAAUCUGUCCUUUUCCUCGAAAUUUGUGAUACACAAUAUAACCUCAUGUUUGUUUUCUUAUAUUUUUUCUUAUUCCUCCAGAUUUUCAGAUGUUUAAAUAAGCUAAUGUUUGUAUUUUCCAAAUUUCUCAUAUUAUGGUGGUAAUAAAUAGAUAUACAAAAUGGG